UGUUGUGUUACUCAACGUACAGUGUUUGUUCAAAAAUAAUAGCCAGACGUGCCGCAAGCAUUGUGUCCUACUAACAUAAAUACAGAUACUUCUUGCUCUAAUAGUCAGUGACUUCACUUCCUCCGCCUGACGCCAGAAUGUCUCAUCAUCGCGAACCAACCGUGGUGGGCGUAGCCAACUUCAACGCAGCAGAAGAUGCCGCCACUCUCCGCGGAGCCAUGAAGGGCUUCGGCACCGAUGAGCAGACCAUCAUCGACAUCCUGUGCUCCCGCUCAAAUGCCCAGCGGCAAGCUAUUGCCCAGGCAUUCACCCAUGAGUAUGGACGGGACAUCAUCGAAGACCUAAAAUCCGAGCUAGGCGGUCACUUCGAAGACGUGAUCGUCGCCCUGAUGCGUCCACCGGCAGAAUACCUCUGCAAGGAACUUCACAACUGCAUGGAGGGCAUGGGCACCGAUGAAAACACCCUGGUGGAGAUCCUAUGUACUAGGACUAAGAAGGAGAUCGCUGAGAUCGUCGACGCUUAUGAGAGAUUGUACAACCGCCCACUGGCCGAGCACAUGUGCUCCGAGACUUCAGGAGACUUCAGGAGACUGCUCACACUCAUCGUGACCUCUGCUCACCAGGGCGCGCGCGACGAGGAGGCGGGCGUUGACCUCGCCCGCGCUCAGGCCUCGGCCCAAGAACUGUUCGAUGCCGGGGAAGCCAAGUGGGGCACUGACGAGGAGAUCUUCAACAAGAUCCUCGCCCACGAGAGCUUCGCUCAGCUGCGCGCCAUCUUCGAAGCCUACAAGGACAUUGCUGGCCGCACUAUCGAGCAGGCCAUCAAGGCGGAAAUCGGGGGCGAGCUCAAGGACGCGCUCAGCGCUAUCGUCGAGUGUGUGGAGAACGCGCCCGCUUGGUUCGCGCAGCGCCUGCGCGCGGCCGUGGAAGGCGCCGGCACGGACGACGCCGCGCUCGUGCGCAUCAUCGCGAGCCGCGCCGAGUUAGACCUGGGCAGCAUCAAGCGGGAAUAUGAGCGCAUCUAUGAUAAGACACUCGAGAGCGACAUUAAGCAGGGCGAGACGUCCGGAGACUACAAGAGGGCGCUAGUGGCGCUCAUCUCGCCGGCGUAAGGCGGAGGCUGCUCGACGAUUGCAACAUCU